AAAAUUCUUGAUAUUCAGGAAAAGAGACUUUAUAAAACUCUCAGACAUAAACACACCAAUAUAUGUUCGUCUGUGUGUUUUCGACCGAGAAAACCAUGGGAGAUCAUAACUGGGGGUCUAGACUCAAAGCUUAUACACUGGGACUUCUCCCGGCCAAAGUGUUUGAAUCAGUUCAAUAUGCAAGAAAUGCAGAACGGAAACUCAGACGCAGAAGCUUACAUGGUGAAUCCCCCUUUCAUCCAUAAUUUGGCCUCUUCAAGUGAUGGACACUACCUCGCAUGUGCACUAGAAAAUGGACUGGUCUCUCUCUUUGAUACGAGUAGGAAAAACAUACGAGAGCUUUUCAGUCUACAUGCUCAUUCUCAAGGUACCUCUCAAGUUCAUUUCGUCUCUGACUCGUGUCUGGUAUCCGGGGGCAACGACUGCUGUGUUGUACUUUGGGACCUUGAGAAAUCAAAUGACGAGGAAGCAGCUUUAAACGUCAAUGACAGCAAUGGUGCCGGCCCUUUGACCAAUGGUCACACCCAUCCUCAGGAACAGAGGAAUGAAAACGUGUCCAGUGCUUGUAAAGUUCUGGAGAUUCAACAUUCCAGUAAAGUUAACUGGAUGAAACCUUUUGAGAAGAAUGGUGUGAGAAAACUUGCUGUGGCUGAUCAGACCUCAAAUAUCACUAUUCUCUCACUGCAGUAAACAGUAGUAUUAUAUUAUGAUUCACUCGCUAAAGUGAACAACAACAUUUUAUAGCGACUCCUACUGCAGUGAACAUAAGAUUUUAUUGUGAAUAUACUCCUAUAGAUAGUGAAGUCAACGGUAACAUUUUAUAGUGAAUAUUUUCUUAUUGCUAUGAACAGUAUAGGUAAUAUUUUAUCAUUAUUUCCUUAAACUGCGUGAAUAAAAAUAUUUUAUUUUAUUUCUCUUAAUCAGUUAAUGCAGUGAACAGAAAUAUUUUGUCAUGGUAUUACUGCAGUGGACAGAGACAUUUUAUCAUGAUUAUCUCACUACAGUAAAUAGGAAUCUUGACCUAGUGCCUUUAUGUGUGCUUGCAAAAGUUAGACUGUAACAUUGAUGGCACUGGCAGUGAUUUGGGAAGGUUGGAAUUAUGGACCAUCUUAGUUUAGUAACAUUUUAAAAGUCAUGGUAAAUGACAAUUGAGGUUGUUGAUAAAGACAAAUGAUAAUUAAGGUCCCUUGAUAUUGUACAGUGUACUUUUUUAGGAAAAGAUAUUGGGAAAAAGUCUUUUGUGUGACCAAUGAAGUCUUUCUAAUCACUGGCAGUAAUAUAAAAGCCUGAUGUUUAUGUAAGUUUAAUGUAUGCGGGUAUAUAGACAUUAAAACAAUAUAAACGUUUUCAUUUACUUUGAUCGUAAAACUAUUGAAAAUUGCAGUUGGCUUUUGUUGUGGUGUAGUGUCUGUCAUCUGUCUAUUGUCAACUUCAUAUUUAAGGAUCCCUGUACCACUGCUAAAAAAAUAACCAUGCAUUCAAAAUAUACUUUUUGGCAUGACUAUGGUUUCGAUAGAUCACCUUUGAAAAGAAAAAUAUGCUUUGCUUUUUGAAAACAUAUAUAAAUUAACGGAGAUGAUGUAAACAAAAUAUAAUCUACAAAAAGGUUCAAAGUGUAAAACUUUCUGUGAAGUGAGACCUGUAUUAGUACCCUGGACUUCAGAUUGUUAUACCAUCAAUCACUGAAACGGAUUGAACUACCUGGUCAAAGUGAAGGGGAGGUUACUGUAUAUAGGAAAAAUGACGGUGCAGUGGAACAAGGAAUCCUUAAAACAUAUACUACACCAGAAUGGCUGAAAAGAUUUUAUCGUAAUUAGGUCUAGAGCUAUUUUGGCAAUAUAUUGUUAUAUAAAUGGAUGGUGACCCUGUGCUACUAUCCCUAUGGGCUGUGCCCAGUGUGGGAAACACUAAAGAUACAUGUAUGUCGAUAAGUCUACUUUGUCUGGGAGCAGCCUUAAACCAAGAGGACUCAAAAUUGUAUACUAGUCAAGAGUUGCCUCCUUUUAAGACAAAGGGGCAGGCCCAAUAGGGGAAAUUUAGGUAAUUCUUUACAGUUAUACUCCUUCAUUUAUUGUAAAGGGAUUGUAGGCUAGCAUAGAGAAAGUUUCUCUGAAGUAUGCCACUCUUUUUGUCAAGGGAACUCAUGUUGUACAUUUUAUGGAGGCACAGUAGUCUAGUGGUAGGACGCCGGGCUCGUGCCUGAAGGGUUGCAUGUUCGAGUCAUGGCACGCAACUGUGUUGUAUCUUUGAGCAAGAUACUUCACUCGUUUGUUCCAGUCUACUCAGCUGUAAAUGAGUAUGUG